UCAGUAACCAUUUAUGUAAUUAAGUGUAAAGUAAUCAUAACCUAUCUGUUUUAUAAAGAUAUUUAAUGUCAUUUCUACCAAUGUAGAUUUUAAUGAUAAUCGUAAUCUCAAUUUAAUUUAUCUUUUCUUCAAGUAUAAAAAUUAGAAAAAGAUAAAGAGUAAAUUAAACAAGAUUGAAGUUAAUCUAUAUUGAUAAACAAUACUGCUGCUGUUGCAAAAUAUUCGACACAAAGAUCAGGUACUAUGACUAUACUUUCCUAUUUACCUGACAAUUAUGGUAUGCCAUAUGGGACAGAGCCGACACACAGAAUUAAGUUUAUACCAGGAACAUUGAACAUAGAUUCUGGAAUAUCUAUACAUAAAAAUAUUAAAAUGCCUGUUGUCAAGAUUCUACCAUUAUACAGACCUGUGAACUAUUUGCCUAUUAAAUAUGACUUUCCUAUACUAGAAAAAUCCAUAGAUUUACCUACAAAUGAAAAAAUCGUAGAAAAACAAGCAGUACGUAUGAUAAGGAUCAGACAUAAGAAAAUAAAAAAACAUAAGCGAAGAAAGUUACGCAAAAAAAUGAAAUUUAUAUGGGAAAAAACAAGAUUUAAGAGAAAUCAAAAGAAAGAAAAACUGUUUCAAACUGAAUUAGUCAGCAAAAUUAAAGAAGCUGAAGCAUUUGAUGCUAAGGAAUAUGUCAAAGAAAGAUUAAAUAUCCUGAAUAAGGAAAGAUUACCAAGAACUUAUAGAGGAGAGAUUUUGCCUACUGAGAUGAUCAGGCAAUUUUUGAAUGAGAAAAAAGCAAAAAAGGAAGCUAAACGUAAUAAACCUCGUCUAACUCUGUAAUUCAUGUAUAAAGUCAUCAUAAAUAAUAAAAUUCUAUUGAAAUUGGUAA